AUGGGGUGGCGUACAUUCUACACCCUUGAAGAGGCUCAAGAGUUAGCAUGGAGGGAAGAAUAUUAUCAGCGAAAUAGUUCUUCUAGAAAAACCGAAGAUGUUCCACCCGUUGUCAAAGUUAAGGAGGCACAAGAUACUUCAUUCGUUAUUCAACCUCCAAAUUUGGUGCAUGACGUAGGAGUUGACGAAGUUGAAGAGGAAAUUGUCGUAAAAGUUAAAAGUAGCGUAGCUAUUAUUAACGAUGACAUUAACGAAAUCAAUGUGAACAUCGACGAAGUUGAAGGGACAGUCAACGAGCUUGAAGCGAGCAUCAACAAAGUUGAAGAGAGCGACAAUGGGGUAGAAGACAAUGUUAGCAAGCUUAAAGAAGAGGUCGACGAGUUUAAAGAGGGUGUUACAAGUAAAUUUGAGGAAGAGUUUGAAGUUGCAGAAUUUGUUCAAGAAGAGGAAGGUGCACGAGAAGAGAAAGAACAAGUGGAUUGCGUUGAAGUAUGUGAUCUAAUUGUAGAUAGUGUUUGCUGUGAAGUUCUUGUAUCAGAGAAAUUGGUGGAGCCAUUGGAAUUUUCGAUUAUGAAGCCAAUUUUUCUAAUGCCUCGGUUGGAGGAAGAUUUUGUAAGUGAGAGUUUUGUGCCGGGAAGAUUGGUGGAGCAUUUGAAGUUGUUUGCAAAGAAGUAUGCAUUGUUAUAUUUUCAUCAUAGCUCGAGGUUGAGCUCUUUUGAAGAAGAGGAGAUUGAUAAUGAACGUCAAAUUGGAUUCGAAUUGCAUAAUAACUACUUGAUUCGGAGAAGAAUCAAUUUUGUUUUCCUCUAUGUUUUCUAUAAAAUAUUUUAUGGCUUAUUGUUGUUGAGUAACUUGUUACAGGGACCUUAUACUUUGACAGAGCAUGAAGAACUCACAAAAAACACUAUUAAAGCUUUGUGCAACGCUGAUGUAUCACAAUGGAUUUUUGUUAGUGGAAAAGAUGUUUCAUUGCCAGAAACAAUAAUGCGAAAUCCUAGAAAGUUUCUUAAAGGCCUGGGUGGUAGAAGAGUGUCACAACGCCCAAUUCUUGCCUUCUUUGCUGGAAAUAAUCAUGGUAGGGUGCGUCCGAUACUUAUCAAGAAUUGGAGCGAGAAAGAUAGGGAUAUGAGGAUUUAUGGACCUUUACCUAACAAAGUAUCAAGAGUGAUGUCUUAUUCUCAACACAUGAAAUCAAGCAAGUAUUGCAUUUGUCCCAUGGGAUUUGAAGUCAACAGCCCAAGGAUUGUUGAGGCCAUAUAUUACGAGUGUGUUCCAGUGAUUAUUGCUGACAAUUUUAUCCCACCAUUAAACGACGUUCUCAAUUGGAACGCCUUUUCAGUUAUUGUUGCUGAAAAUGAUAUCCCCAAGUUAAAACAGAUACUCUUAGCAAUCCCUUUGAGACAAUAUCUUAUAAUGCAAACCAACAUCAAGAGAUUGAAGAGGCACUUCCUAUGGAAUGUAAGGCCCAUACGAUAUGAUCUAUUUCAUAUGAUUCUACAUUCAAUCUGGUAUAGCAGGAUCAACCAAAUUCAGAUACCACACCCGUAUUAGUUCUCAUGUUUUGAUUUUCACUGCACUGGAAUUCAUCUCGAUUUAAGAAUGGUAAACUAAGACGUGGUUGAGCUGGAUUGGAGGUGAGUCACUCUUGCAUUUGAGUUUUACAGAUAUGUUGAGAGAUGGACUCUUCAAUCGUUUCAACAGAAAAAAAAAUGUAAUGAAUUUUGAUU